UUCGAAAUACUAAAGUGUCGCAGUUUGAGAUAAUGGUCAAUUACCUAUAUGACCCAGCACCCAGACUUGUCCAAGGGUUAUUUAAAAACACCAGAAGCAAGACAAAAACCAAAGCAUGUAUGGACCAAUCUGUCAAACGAUUUGAAUGCUGAAGGUCCACCGCAACGUGAUGCAGAGGGAUGGAAAAAGGUCUGGGCCGAUUUUAAGGUUCAUACCAAAGCCAAACUAAGAAAAAAUAAAAUAAAUUUGUCCGGAACUGGUGUUGGUCCCCCGAAACAUCAUCCACUUACUCCACUGGAAGAGAAAGUCAGUGAGUUGCUUGACUUAGGUGAAGCAAUCGAUGGGAUGAAUGGAUCCCUUAGUUUCGGGUUGCAAGACACCAGUAUGAGCUGCAGUCGUCAAGAUCAUGAAGAAGAGGAAAUGUUUGAGGUUAUUGCUGGAAAGGAAACAAACGACAACAUUAGCGAAAAGGAAAACCUACCACAUCCACGAAAAACACCAACAAAAAGACAGUCGCUCCUCGAGAAUUACAAUCAUUAA